UUUCAUAAAUCGCGAUAGAUGCUAGUUGAAUCUACAAAUUGAUCGACGCUUCCGAUUGCUUCGAGGAUUCGAGAUGAUCCUUUUAAGUACUUUAUUGACGUUGUGCCUUGCCUUCCAUCUUGGGGAUUGCGUUGGCUUCCAUGGAUUUCACUUUCGCGGUCUGGAAGAACCGGAGUCUCCGAUGUUCGAUUCCUCGAUCAUAAAAGAAGGUUGGAUCACACAGCCUCUCGAUCACUUCAAUCCGCGCGACAAUCGUACUUGGUCAAUGCGAUACUAUGAAAACGACAGCCUUUUUAAAAACCGCGGACCGAUUCUGAUCAUGAUCGGAGGGGAAUGGGAAAUAUCAACGGGCUUUUUAAAGACUGGUCUGAUGUACGAAAUCGCACGCACUUACAACGCAACGAUGUAUUAUACCGAGCAUCGUUACUACGGAAAAAGUAAACCGACCUCAGACGUUUCUUCAGGAAACUUACAAUACUUGAGCGUGGACCAAGCGUUGGCCGAUUUAGCAUACUUUAUCGAAACUAAAAAGAAAGAGAAAAGACUCCAGAACAGUAAAGUCUACGUCUUUGGAGGGUCUUACGCCGGAAGUAUGGCAGCUUGGGCUAGACUGAAGUACCCUCAUCUCGUUAAGGGUGCGUUGGCUAGUAGCGCUCCAGUUGUCGCAAAGGCCGACUUUCGUGAAUAUUACGAAGUUGUGGCCAACUCGCUUCGCAGACAUAGUCAAAAAUGCGCGGACGACAUUAAAACUGCGUUCGCCCAGGUCGAGGAGUUGUUGGCGGCCAAAGAUGGCCCGCAGAAAUUAAAAUCUUACUUCAAUUUAUGCGCCGUACCAAACGUGAACUCUGGCAGCGACCUUGCACACUUCAUGAACUCUUUGGCGGAGACGUUCGCUGGUAUCGUUCAGUACGACAAUGUGCAGAACGGACAAACGAAAAUUGCUGCUUGCUGCAACAAAAUGACUGCGCCAGACUUGGGUACUCCUCUCCAGAGAUUGGCGUAUCUAGUAUCGGACAAAGACAGAUGUUUGCCGAACAAUUACCAACAAUUUGUUAAAGUUUACGCAAACGGAACUUGGGAGUCGCAAACCGAUAUCAUGAGACUGUGGUACUAUCAGACGUGCACCGAAUACGGUUACUAUCAAACCUCCAACUCGAAGAAAUCUAUUUUCGGAUCUCUGUUCCCACUGAGUUAUUUCACGAGCAUUUGUACCGACUUAUACGGCGAUUAUUACGAUAGCGAUUUCUUAAACACGAGGGUGAAAAGGACAAACAUAAUGUACGGAGGCUUGCAACCAGCUUUACGGAAUGUAAUUUUCACCAACGGAGACGUCGAUCCGUGGCACGCCCUUUCGGUUCUUCGCGACGUGAACAAAUUCUCGCCCGCCAUACUUAUCAAUGGAUCGUCGCAUUGUAGCGAUCUAUAUAGCGACAAAGACACGGACGUCGAAGAUCUCGUGCGUGCCAGGGCCAGGGUGCGCAAGAUCAUCGGCUCCUGGAUCAAACCUUAAACUUGGAACUCGAUUUACUUCGAAGAAAAAGAGAAAAGCGAGAUAGAUGUAGAAAAAUA